AUGACUACCGAGGCACCAUCGUCCGUGGACGCGGUCGUGGAGGCGGCAGUGGGGGUGGUGGGGGCGACCUCGCUCGUGGUCGUGGAAAUGGAGGGCAGAAUGGGAGUGAAAGCUCACGACCUUGUCGGAAUUUUUUUAGCUCAGAAGGGUGCAAGUAUGGGGAGACCUGCCGCUAUAGCCAUGACGAAUCCUUACGUCAUCUGGUUCAGGAAAAUGUACUGGAGAAACCGCAUGUCGAUGUCGGUCGACCGUCUUACGAGUUUUCUCAAGAGGUUACUAUCCCGACAGAGCAUCUUAAAUAUCUUAUUGGCGUUAAUGGAUCUAAAUUAA